CUUGUUUGGGCAGAGUAGAUCAAAUACGACCAAACAAAUCUCGAUCCAUUAAAACCCCUUCCUCUACUUGAUGAGUUCUUGAUAACACAUUCGCAAAAUAUCCCAUCCCGUUUCCAAAUUUCCAAGAAAAUUCAACGCAGAAAAUCCUCAUUUCUUUAACCCCCUUUGACCUUGGCUUCAAUUAAUGUGAUUAGGGGUUUCGUAGAUGGAGAUCGAUAAAGCUAUUAGAGAUAGCGAUGAUCGGAGGCUAAAGACCAAGUAUCACAACGCCAUUUAUGUUAUUCAAAGAGCUCUUGCCCUCUACUCUAUCGAAGAGGUGGCAUUCAGCUUCAAUGGAGGAAAGGAUUCAACUGUUUUGCUGCACUUGCUUAGAGCAGGAUACUUUUUGCAUCAAGUGGAACGUGGACAUUCAAACGGGGGUCUAUCUGAUGGUGAAUUUACAUUUCCAAUAAGGACAAUAUAUUUUGAAACCCCUUCUGUCUUCCCUGAAAUCAAUUCGUUCACUUACGAAACAGCUGCUAGUUAUGGUGUGAAGUUAGAUAUCAUUCGCGAAGAUUUCAAGUCUGGUUUGGAGGCUCUACUAAAGGCAAAAUCAACCAAAGCUAUUUUUCUUGGUGUUCGAAUUGGUGACCCCACUGCUGUUGGUCAAGAACAGUUCUCUCCGAGCUCCCCGGGAUGGCCACCGUUCAUGAGAGUGAAUCCAAUCUUGGAUUGGUCAUAUAGAGAUGUCUGGGCUUUUCUUUUGACAUGCAAGGUUCCGUACUGUAGCCUUUAUGAUCAAGGAUACACGUCAAUUGGAAGCAUCCAUGACACAGUUCCAAAUGCAUUACUAUCUAUCAAAGAUCCUGGUGUUGAAAAACAAAAAUUCCGACCUGCGUAUAUGCUUUCUGACGGAAGAUCGGAGAGAGCAGGGAGAGCAAGAAAGUUAUCUGCGGCUGCCGCCUGUGUACCUGCCGCCAGCAACGGCCUGAAAUGUGCGGAACCUCAUCAGGGCAGCAUCUACACAGCCUCCAUUGUAGCCGUUGGUGAUGAAAUUCUCUUUGGAAUUGUUGAGGAUCAAUUGGGACCAUCGUUGUGUAAAAAGCUUCAUUCAAUAGGUUGGUUGGUAUCGCAAAUGGCUACUGUACGGUGUGAGGUAGAUUCUGUCGCUGAAGAAGUCGAAAGGCGAAAGUCCAUGAGUGAUCUGGUGUUCAUAUAUGGAGGGGUUGGCCCGUUACAUACAGAUGUUACUGUCGGUGGAGUUGCCAAAGCAUUUGGCGUUCGCUUGGCUCCAGAUGAAGAAUACGAAGAAUAUCUUAGCCACCUGUUUGGUGAUAAGUGCACUGGCAACCGCAACGAGAUGGCCCAGCUGCCUGAAGGCAUUACAGAACUGCUAGAACAUGAGAAGCUUCCGGUUCCACUGAUCAAGUGUCAUAAUGUCAUUGUGCUCACUGCAACAAAUGUUGAUGAGUUAGACCGACAAUGGGAUGCUUUGAUUGAUUUAAGGUCUACUAAUCUGCUAGCACCAACAGGACCGUUUGUAUCGAAGCAUUUAGAAACGUCACUCUCAGAUUUAGAAGUUGCUCAGCCUCUAUCCAAGAUUGCUAUUGAAUUUCCUGAUAUCUACACUGGGUGUUAUCGGAAAACCAGAGCUGGGCCUCUCAUCAUAACCCUUGAAGGGAAGGAUCAAGAAACAGUAGAAGCAGCAAUGGAAGCACUUUCCAAGAAGUUACCAUCUGGCGUCAAACAAAUGUCGGUUUGAGGGUUCAUUUCUCAUCAUUAUAAUCUGCUUCGUGACUGCACUUUAAUUCAUGUGUUGAGAUGAUGAAAUGAUUCAGGAAGAAAUUUUCGCUACGUUGAGUUCAGAUGAUAGGGAAUUUGAAAUUCCGUGAAAAUGGAAUGAAAAAGGGAUUAGGGACCGAAUGACUUUUGUUAUCAGGAUGUAUAUAUAGACGACACCAAAUAUAUUGGCAUCAUUGAAGGGCAAUUGGUUAUUGGACGGUUUUGCAUUUACCUUUUGUUUUCAACUUUAUAUGUUUGUUCUGGUGAUUUUUAACUAGAGAUGCUGCUAAUCUUGGGUUGUCUUAGUGCUUCAAAGGCCUAAACAGCAUACUUUGUACAAUUAAAAGAAUCUUUUUUUUUUAAA